UGUCUGCGUGAGAGCGAGUGGAGCGUGCGUGGAUUUCUUUUUUGCCUCAUUUCUUUUUUUUUGUUUUUCGGACCGUCAUUCAGUGGCUGGAUGGCGUGGGACAGGUGUAACCAGGACUCGGUGUGGAGAGAAUUAGAGUGUGCUGCCUUGGUUGGUGAAGACCAACCCCUUUGCCCAGACCUCCCUGAACUUGACCUCUCAGAGCUGGAUGUCAGCGACCUGGAUGCAGACAGCUUCCUGGGCGGGCUCAAAUGGUACAGCGACCAAUCGGAGAUCAUUUCCAGUCAGUAUGGCAACGAGGCAUCCAAUCUGUUUGAGAAGAUAGAUGAAGAAAAUGAGGCCAACUUGCUGGCAGUGCUUACAGAGACCCUGGACAGCAUCCCAGUGGAUGAGGACGGAUUGCCUUCGUUUGAGGCCCUGGCAGAUGGGGACGUGACCAAUGCCAGCGACCGGAGCUGUCCCUCCUCCCCAGACGGCUCGCCGCGCAGCCCUGAACCAGAGGAGCCCUCUUUGCUGAAGAAGCUGCUUCUGGCUCCUGCGAACUCCCAGCUCAGCUAUAAUCAAUACACAGGUGGCAAGGCACAGAACCAUGCAGCCAGCACCAACCACCGGAUCAGACCACCACCUGCUGUCGUCAAGACGGAAAGCCCCUGGAACGGCAAAGCGAGGGGGGCCUCCUGCCCACAGAACCGCCCAGUGAGGCGGCCUUGCACUGAACUGCUAAAGUACCUGACGGCCACAGAUGACAUCCUGCUCCACACCAAAGCCAGUGAAGCCAAGAGCGCUUGGGGGGCCGCCGGCAGCAGAGACAAAAGCCUGGUUCUCGGCGCCUCCUCCUCUUCCUCCUCCUCCUCCUCGCCGUCCUCGUCAUCCACCUCCUCGUUCUCCUCCCUCUCUUCCACUACCUCCUCCUCCUCCUCUUCCUCCUCCACCACUUCUAAGAAGCCUGCCACACCGUCCCAGCAGCAGCAGCAGCAGCAGCAGCAGCAGCAGCGAGGUGAGAGCCGGGCUGCAGCCGAGUGUAAUAUGGCUGGUGUUGGGGCUGGGAAGUGGCGGCGUUGCGCUCACAAUGACGGGGCGGAGGAGCCAGAGGGGGCUUCCGUCCCCGCGGGCCGCAGGAGCCUUGCCUGCGGCCAUGCCCGCCCCAAACUGGAGCACGGGUCGUCCAGUGAAGAAGGAAGGCCGCCAGGCGACGCGGGCCGCCUGGCCGCCGCUAGGUUCAUUAGGUACAUGCACUCUUAUUCCCUCCCUCCCCGAGAGGUGAGUCACAGCUGUGAGCAUUGCCGAGAGGCUGCGGGCGCUACUCAGGCUAGUCGGGGCCGGGGCAGGCAAGGGCAUAGUAACAACAGUGCUGCCGCUAGUGCGGCGCAUCGGCACAUUACGGUGACCAUUAAGAAAAGAGAUGAGAAGCCAGGGCACCCUUUACUUAGCCAGCUGCUCACCUCCAAGCAGAGGCCUGCCCGCUACCGGGCCCACCUGCUCCCAACCACAACCAACCCUCUCCCUAUCACCCCAAGCAAAAUAGCAGUCAAGAAGCAUGAGAGUGGUGUCCGAGCUGUUGAGGAAGAGGAGGAGGAGGAGGAGGAGGAGGAGGAGGAAAAGGAGAGCGAUAGGUACAAAGGGAUGAAUAAUCUUAGCAUCCGGGGAAUAGGUGGGGCCAGAGAGCCUGAUUCUGAUUCAAAGUACCUGUUGUCCCCUCUCACCUUAGACUUAGAGAGCUGGGUUGGCCAGCCAGAUCUGGGGCUAGACUUUAGUUUGGGGUUAGAGCUAGGAUGGCCAAGCCAGGGGGACUUUGGGGAGGAUGUUGGCAAAGAUGAUGAUGAUGCGGAUGCUGAUGAUGAUGACGAUGACCAUGUCACGGGCAGCCCCACAGCAGUGCUCUCACAGGGCUCACCAUGCUCGCUCUUCUCAGACACUAGAAUUGCAGAGCCCACCCCUCCCUGCAUCACACAAUGGCAGGGGCACCCACACAGGCAGCAUCCCGAAGACCAGGGCUUCCCGUUGUUAGCCAAACCAACCACCUUGCCACUUCCUUUGACCCCAGAGUCUCCAAAUGACCACAAGGGAUCACCGUUUGAGAACAAAACCAUUGAACGCACAUUGAGUGUGGAGAUCGCUGGAACCCCAGGUCUGACACCACCCACCACGCCCCCACACAAAGCCAGUCAAGAGAACCUUUUCAAAGCAUCGCUCAAAACCAAGUUGUCUUCAUGUUCCUCCUCGGCCUUGGCGUGCAAAAGGGCCAGGCUGAGCGAGUUGGGCCCCAGCACUCUGGCCCUGGCCCCAGGUGCCUCAGGCGGGGGCCCCGCCAAGAAGGGCCCCGAACAGACUGAGCUGUAUGCCCAGCUGAGCAAGGCGUCCACCACCCUACCCUCCUCUGUCGCCCUGCACACUUUGGCGGGCGGCCUGGAGGACCGACACAGCACUUCUACCAACAAUCGGCGAGCAGCGUCCCGCGGCUACAGCGACCAUGACUAUUGCCAGGCGUCAGCCGGCGCAAAGAAGGACAGUGGUGCAGCCAACGCCACUGUUGCCAUGACUAAAGCAGCAGCAACCAUGGUUACCCAGGGUGCCACUGCGCCCUCUGCAGGCGUGGUGGAGGACAGGCAUGUGGAAUAUAAAGACUCGACCAUGCCACCUGCCUCUUCAUCAUCAUCCUCAUUUUCACCAUCAUCCUCUUCUGCUACUACUUCAUCAGCCUCAUCUUGUUCUUUAGCUAAGGAGUUGCAACAGGGAUUUACCUCUGUGGAUGCAGAAGCUACCCAGAGUCAUGGGUCAGAGGAGAAGACCCUCUCCCCAGACACGCAGUUUCAUUUACAACAGGCCACUGCAGACAGGAACCAGCAGCAUCCCUCCCUGACAAACAGGAAACUCCUGCGCGACCAGGAAAUUAGAGCGGAGCUCAACAAGCACUUUGGCCCCCCGCAAGUGAUCUACAGCCAGGGUGGCCAGGAGAGGGUUAAGGGACCUGUUGGCAAGGGGGAGACGCCUGCUGCCCCCCAGCUCGUCAAGGAGGAGGAUGGUAACAAGUCUCCAAGGCUGCCUGGCUCAGGAUACCUGCACCCAGGGCUCCUGUCCUUCCAUGAUGAGCUAGAGCUGGGCGAGGGUCGCGAGGGUCGCCUCCUGUUCCCAUGGGAUGGCACCCCUCUGGACCUGCUCUUCCACUGCCCACCCCGCUCGCCCUCCUGCUCCCCACCAUCCAGCUGCUCACCCUCGCGGGGCUCCGUCUCCCCGCCCUCCUCCCUCCUCCUAUCACCCGGCGGGCCCUUCUGUUGGCCUGGCAGCGGCUCCCACUCCCGUUCUCGUUCCCGCUCCGGCUCCCGCAGCUCGUCCUCCCGAUACCGGAGGCGCUCCCUCUCCAGCUCGCCCGACGGACGCACUUCCUCCAGGUCUCGACACAACACAGACUCAAACACCUUUCGCUCCAGGACUCACAAAAGCCCUCACUCUCAGUCUCGAUCUCCUCUCAGCCGCAGGCCAAGGUAUGACAGCUAUGAGGAAUACCAGCACGAGAGGCUGAAGAGGGAGGAGUACCGCCAGGACUAUGAGAAGCGGGAAUUUGAGAGGGCCGAGCAGAGAGAGAGGCAAAGGCAAAAAGCCAUAGAGGAGGGACGGGUGGUGUACGUGGGGCGGCUGAGGUCCGACAGCACCCGGACAGAACUGAAACGCCGCUUUGAAGUAUUCGGCGAGAUCGAAGAGUGUGCAGUGAACCUGAGGGACGAUGGGGACCAUUUUGGCUUCAUCACCUACCGCUACACUUGUGACGCCUUCACCGCCCUUGAGAACGGACACACCUUACGCAGGUCAAACGAGCCGCAGUUCGAGCUGUGCUUCGGUGGACAAAAGCAGUUCUGCAAAUCACAUUACACGGACUUGGACUCUCAUUCGGACGACUUUGAUCCGGCCUCCACAAAAAGCAAGUAUGACUCCAUGGAUUUUGACAGCUUGCUGAGGGAGGCCCAGUGCAGCCUGAGAAGGUAACAAGGUCUGUGGCACCUGCUGUCGGCCCACAGAGAGGGACUUGCGAUACCUCACCGUUGUUUCUCGCUCCUUUGACGACGAGACUACCAGAAGUUUUACACUCUAUGUCAGAGAGUACAUGAAGAUAAGUCUAUCGACUCGAUCUAUAUAUCUAUCUAUAAAUAUAUAUGAAUAUAUAUAUAUAUAUAUAUAUAUAUAUCUAAAACAAAGUUUACAUGAACAUAGCUGCUGAAGCACUGGGAAAAGACUAUAUAUAUAUAUAUAUGUGUAUGUGUAUGUGUGUGUGUGUGUGUGUGUGUGUGUGUGUGUGUGUGUGUGUGUGUGUGUUUGUGUGUGUGUAUAUAUAUAUAUAUAUAUAUAUAUAUAUAUUGGGAAAGCCAGUCAACCCUCAGAACGCCGCGCACCAGAUCUGGUGCGAUCUACUGCUGUACAACGGUCGAUGAAAAAUAAAAACAUUCAUGAGAUUUUUUUUUUUUUGCUUUUCUCUGAGCACUACAACACCCACAAUUCUUUGAGGGGUGAAAACAUGCAGCUUGUUCAAUGUGAUUGUUUCUUUCUUUCACUGUCGAUCCUCUUUUCUUUUUCCUUUUUUUUGUUAAAUCUGGUGUUUGGAUUUGGUGUUACAUAAUGAACAAGCUUAUGGGGGGGGGGUAUGACAUCUUGGAGGUAAAAUUUUCAAGGUAACAUUGCUGUGUCUACAUUUUGAUGGAAAAUGUAGCCCUGUAUUUACAGAUAAUAUAAGAAAAGGAAUAUUUUUUAUUUUGUGUACAUAUCGGACAAAGUUCUUUAUUUGUUACAGCUAUGCACUGUAAAACGCAGCCUUUUUUAAACCGAGGGGCAAGUUUUCUUAAUUCAGAAUGUUGAUCUGUAGUUAUUACUAUAAUGUAAAACAUAUUGUACACCAACACGGUGUUUGGUAGGACACAUAAUAUGAUUGUAAAAAAAAAAAAAAAAAAAACAACAAAAAAAAAUGUGGAGGAUUGCUCAUUUUGAGGGAGCAUGUGAACAAUUUUCCUUUUUUAAGAGUUAUUUUAUUGGGGUUUCGGGGAGACAGUCGACUGUGUAUAGUUUUCUCUGUUUCUAAAUUUUCUCAAUCAGUGU